AUGGAAGUGGCAGUUGCUGCCCUCCUCGCCCUCGGUGGCGCAGUUGGGGCCGCCGCCGUUGAGGCAGUGUCAAGUUUCAAAGGGCGCCCGCCGUCGCCCCCGUUAGAAGACAACGAAGAAGAAGGCGGUGGUGCAUUGGAUUCGCAGGGUUCACACGCUGGUUCCCCAGAAGGCCCGGGUGGAGGGGAGCCGGGAGGUUGGCCACGUUGUGGCAGAGCGGGUGGGAGCGCCCGAGCCGGGCCAUCCCUCAGUAGUGAUAUCGAGGGUUCCAGCAAAGAGAGUGUGAAUGAAAACAGCGAAUAUGGACUCUCGUCUCAGAUUUGUUUGUCAACGAGGCACAGAGGGUCCCCGCUCCCGAAGAACGCUGCGUGUGGAACGCUCACUUCAAGGCUUCCUCGCGGAACAACAGGGGAGCCCUCUUUCGACUAUCUUCUCCAACAGAGUAAAUGCCUCGAAAACAGAGUGCCAAAUGUCAACAUCACUGAAGGGCGGCAUGCACGUGGAAGUGCACCAGAAGCUUGGAGACACCGAAGGUCGCCCACCUCCUUGGGGCACUACUAUGGCAGCGGUGCUGGACUUCCUCGCCGUCCUGGGUUUCUCCCCCGCGGCCCUGCCAUGGAGCCCCACAGAAGACAGCGAUCGAGGCCGCGCAUGCUCCGCGGUCCUCCUCGCCGCAGACGAGGCCAGUAG